AUUAAUAUCUAAAUAUUUCAUCAUGGCGAAGUUUCGCCCUCUUACCUGUGUCGUUAUUUUUAUUGGGUUAUUUGUCUGCAGUCUAACAGAACAUGUCAAAUAUAACGGACAUCGAGUUAUAAGAUUCACUCCACAAAAUCAGAGACAAUUUCAACUGGUUGAAAAACUUCAGACAGAUCCACAACAGAUCGACAUAUGGCACAGAUCAGCAGGAGUGGAAUGGCCGUUAGAUAUAUCUGGUUCUGCCACAGAUCUGGUACCAGUGCUGGAUACGUUUGGAAAGGCCGGGAUGCACGCUGAAACGUUAAUAAACGAUGUACAGAUCUAUAUUGACGCCCAGUUGGAAUCUAAUCAAGGUAUUCCAGGAAUCGAUGAUGAUUUUGAUUACAGUAAAUAUCAUAAGAUAGAAGAGAUUGAGCAAUGGGUGAAGGAUAUCACCCAGGAGUAUUCCAAUAUCUCCAAGAUGAUCACCAUCACCAAAUCUUUUGAAGGUCGCGAAAUGCUGGCCAUUCAGAUUUCAGUACCCACGAACUCAACCAAUCAACGACCAGCAGCCUUUAUUGAAGGUGGUAUUCAUGCUAGAGAAUGGAUUUCACCAGCUACUGUCAUCUACAUGGCUUCUCAGAUGUUGGAGAAUUAUGGCAAAGAUAAAGAAGUAACGUCUGCUCUGGAGGCGUUCGAUUGGUAUAUUGUACCAGUGGUUAAUGUUGAUGGUUAUGCUUACACUUGGGAUAAGGAACGAUUAUGGCGAAAAACAAGAACAAAACAUAUUUUGUGUUAUGGAUCUGAUCCUAAUAGAAACUGGGACAACCAUUGGUGUAAUGGAGAAUCUGGUCCUGGCGGUCGUAAUCCCUGUUCAGAAACAUAUUGUGGUCCUAAAGCCUUCUCAGAACCCGUCGUAAAGGGCGUAGCAGACUUCAUUUUAUCAAAACCAAAAGGAACAUUUAAAAUCUUCAUUGAUUUCCAUAGUUAUUCCCAGCUGUGGAUGUCACCGUUUGGUUGGACUAAAAAUCUCCCCGCUGACUACACCCAACAGGAGGCCUCGUCUAAAGCUGCUACAGAAGCCAUAACAGAAGUCCAUGGUACUAAAUACGUCUACGGACCAAUCGCUACCACCAUUUAUUUGGCCAGUGGAAGCAGUGCUGACUGGACUUACAGUAACGCCAGUGUGAAAUACUCGUAUGGGGUGGAGUUACGAGAUACAGGAGAAUACGGUUUCCUGCUCCCGGCAGAUAAGAUUUUACCCAGCGGACAAGAAACUUUACAGGGUUUACUCGCUUUAGCUGAAUUUGUCAAAAAUAAUCCAUAAAUAAAUAUUAUUAUUUU